CGUACGUACCCAUUUAGUCCCGUUGAGUACGUACCUAGGGAUAUUAAGUACCUACCUCAUUGAAUAUGGGAUUUCGGAUUCAACCUUUGCUUACUCCGAACUCGGACAACACUACAAAAUGGCGGCCACCUGAUGUAGCGCACUAUAUAGGAGUCGGGGGCGAAUUCAGCACAGUCCCUGUCGCGCUCCAGUAACGCAACCGGUUCGUUUGUUUAACGACGUCAUUAUGGGACACGCGCAUGCGCUGUUUUUCACUCACGGAUAGCUACAGAGAAACUUCGGCCAAUUUAAAAACAUGUCAAGCAAGGAAGUAAAAGCUGAAUUGAAAAGUGCCAGGGAAGCUAUUAAAAAUAAAGAUUUUAAACAAGCUUUGAAACAUUGUAAGGUUGUUCUCAAGCAAGAAAAUAAUAACUACAAUGCUUGGGUGUUCAUUGGCGUGGCAGCCACAGAGCUGCAGCAGCUUGAUCAGGCCCAGGCAGCCUAUGCGAAAGCAACCGAGCUGGAGCCAGAACAACUACUGGCAUGGCAGGGUUUAUCAAAUCUGUAUGAAAAAAGCAACCAGGCAGAUUUCAAGACCAGGCUCGCAAAGGUUUAUCAGAAACUUAUAACGUUAUAUGAACCGUCAGACAAAGCGAAGUGUUUUGAAGUAAGCAAGAAACUGGUGGACAUCUAUCAGUCGGAGAAGAAUUAUUUACAGGUGGCCAGAGUGUGGCAGAAGUUGAUACUGUUGAAGGAGGGGGAGGAUGGAGUCCAGAAUUUAGAGCUGCUGGAGCUGUGGAUGGAGAUGACCAGACUGCUGCAGGCUACUGUGGAGGAUCAGGACAAUGAGACUCAGCAGCACUUGAUUUUAGCAUAUGAGAGAGCUUUGGAGCUGACUGUAGAUGUACCCAGCGAAGCCCACAGGAGUCUCACAGAGAAUUACAUAUAUUUUCUUUCUAAGCUUCCUUAUGAGGUGAUCAAGCUAAAAGAGAUAUGUAAUGGCACAUUGUCUAUCUAUCCAACCUUCUCCUACCCUCUAGAGGCCCUCAGUGAGCACUACAUAAAAACAGGUGACUGCAGUGAGGAAGCUGUGUGCUACUUCAGACGUCUCUCAGAAUUAGAUCCAAACAACUCAGUUGCUAACUUUGGCCUCGGUGUUAAAGCUCUCCAAGAGAAGAAAUAUGAGGAUGCCAUCAAACUUUUUAAAUUGGGGCUGCAACAAAGGCCGAGUUCCAUCAUCGGUUUGUAUAAUCUAGCUCUGGCUCAGCUAAAAAUGCAUAGAUACUCCGACUGCAUCACAUCGUCCAGUCAAGGGCUAGAAUUGAGUGUGGGGAACUCUGAUGAUUGGACACAGAAGCUACAAAGGAUAAGACUAGAGGCUCUGGUAAGAACUGGAAGAAAACAGGAUGCUGACGAAGUACUGCAGAUUAUUGCACAGAUUUCAGAUGCCAAAAAUGACCCAGUGCUCUUAGCUUUAAAAGGAAGGGCUCUCCUGCAAAAAGAUCAAACUGAUGAAGCUUUUGAGGUUUCUUUGGAGCUGCUACGCUUGUACCCGAGCACUGUGGAGGGUCUUACUCUCAGGGGAUUGAUUUAUCUUGCAUCAAAUGAACACAACCGGGCAGAGGAGAGCUUUCUUGAGGCUUUAUACGGAAGCUCAGAGAAUGGUGAGAUUUACUUCCUCUUAGGGCGUUUGUACUGGAGCAAAGGAGAGGAGACUCGAAGGGACCGUAGCAAAUCCCAUGCGCAUUUACUGAAGGCAGCUAAUCUGGACCCCAAUCUUGGAUUAGUGUUCCGUUUUCUUGGCCAUUUCUACAGGCAGGUGGCACAAGAUAAGGGCAGGGCCAGAGGCUGCUAUAACAGAGCAUUUGAGCUGGAUUCAUCUGAUGCAGAGGCUGGAGCGGCUACUGUGGACCUGAGCAUGGAGCAGGGAGAUAUGGAAACUGCUCUGGCUGUUCUGCAGUCAGUGACAGAGAGUGCCACUCCUGGCACUGCUAAAUGGGCCUGGAUGAGAAAAGGCCUUUACCACCUGAAGCUUGGCCAGCACCAGCAGGCUAUUACAGAUCUUCAGGCAGCAUUGAGAGCUGAUCCUCAGGACUGGGUGUGCUGGGAAUGUUUAGGUGAAGCUUACUUGCAUCGAAGGAGUUUUACAGCUGCUCUAAGAGCCUUUGCCAAAGCACAUGUCCUGCAACCCACAUCCAUCUACAGCCUCUACCAGACCGCUGCCAUCAAACAGAUCUUGGGACAGUUUAAGGAGGCUUCUGUGGAAUACAAGCAGAUCCUAGAGCAAGAUGACUAUGUUCCAGCUCUUAAAGGUUUGGGUGAAUGCUUGUUAGCCUUAGCUAAAAGUGCACUGGAGGACUGUCUAGAUGGCAAAGCAAUAGACCUGAUACAGGACUCCAUCUAUUAUCUCUUUAGGGCAGUCCAACAGAGGCCAGGCUUGUCCUGUCUGUGGAAGUUACUUGGUGAUGCUUGCACCACCUGCAGAACUGUGUCCCCAAACCAGUGCAAAGUGUUGGUACCUGGGGCUCUGUGUGCAAAGGAUCCACCUGAUGAAAGUAAGAUGCUGGACCAGCAACAGCUCCUCAUUGUAGGGGAAAGGUGUUUUGGGAGUGCUUUGAGACUAAUGCCUGAGGUGCCUAGUCUGUGGUGUGACCUUGGCCUUAAUUACUACCACCAAUCCAGACUAUUCAACUCUGUUUCUGAUGAGGACACACAUCCCCUGCUGGAGAAGGCCUUGCAGUGUCUGAAAAAGGCGGUCAUGUUGGAUAGUGCUGAUUACAUAUACUGGAAUGCUCUUGGAGUGGUUGCCAUGGCAAAAGGAAUAGACAACUUGGCUCUUGCACAGCACAGCUUUAUUAUGUCUGUGAAAGCUGAAUCAAAUAAUGUGGUUGCUUGGACCAACCUUGGAGCAUUAUAUCUAAAAAAGGGAAAUAUUGAGCUCUCUCAUGAAGCAUUCAAGACUGCACAGUCACUUGAGCCCCAUUAUGUCAACUGCUGGAUUGGCCAGGCUUUAAUUGCCGAAACAGUGGGAAGUUACGACACUAUGGACCUCUUCAGACAUACCACAGAACUGAGUACUCAUACUGAGGGUGUGAAGGCUUAUGCAUACUGGGUUUGUUCCACACUGCUGAACAAAAGCAACAGAGACUCAGAACUGUACCUCUACAACAUACUCCAGAUGAACGCUGUCUCAGCUGCUCAAGUGGCGCUGAGCAAGUACACCGAGAGAAUUCGGACAGACCCUGAUGCUUUUAUCAUGCUUGGAUACCUGAACACACACCUGCACCUGAAGAAACAGGCCACUGAGGCAUUCCGCAGAGCUGUAGAGCUGCUUCAGGUGUCCCCUUGCAUGGAAAAGCUCAGCUUUGCACUGAGGGGUUAUGGACAUGCCCUCAGUAAUAACAGGCAAAAUGAAGAAUCUGUAAAUAUUUAUUCUUCCACACCGUUGGAGGAGUUGCAUGAUUUCAUUGGAUUUGCGCUUGCCUGCUUCAGAACUGGUCACCUCCCAGAGAGCAUACAGGCUUAUGAAAGAGCCCUUGCCGUUGCCUCUAGUGAUAAGGAAAAGGCAUAUAUACUCACCGCACUUGCUUUGAUACAGCACAGGCUGGGCAACCUGGAUCAUGCCAAAUCUCUGCUCUUCAAGUGCUCAAUGCUGAAAAUGCCAGUUCCAGAGAGUCUGCAGUGUUUAUGCACUCUUGGUUUAGUUCAUGAGGAUGUGACCCUGGCAAAUGCUACGCUUACCGAGUUGUUGAAGUUGGGAGAACCAAUAGGUGAUGCUGUGGAAGAAGGCUGUCUGCUCACCUGCACCCUGCAAGCCUUAAAGAGCAACUAUAGGGGAGUUCACAGAGUGGUCUCUGCUGCUAUACACAGGUACCCAGGAAAUCUAUCUCUCUGGGCUCUCCUCUCCAGACUGGUUCCACAGUACUGUCCUAACAAUGCCAAUGGAGGUGCUGUGGCUGGUAAUGUGGCAUGUCAUGCCCACUCAACAUUUGGAAAGAGUGCAUUGCUGUACAGUGGGGUGAAUCAGCUGGCAUCUGGUCACCACUCAAGCAAGGACAGAAGAUGGAAUGCUCUAAAAACAAUUCAGAGAGCCGUGCUGCUCUGUCCAGAUGAUCCUGCUGGGUGGGCAGCACUCAUGGCUGCAUGUCACACAGAGAAUACUGCAGCAUUACUCACAGGUUCCACCCCUAACAGAGAUUGCCUUGAAAGGGCUUUUAUGACUUUGGUGUCUGAAAAAGUGAAGGACCUUCAAGGAGGGGACGGAUUGCUUGCUCAGGCUCUGGAAGGCUGGGUGCUACAGCAAGCUGUGACCGGACUCAAACAGAGUGCCCAAUAUGACCAGGCUGAGGCCCUCUGCUCUCAGGUUCUGAGUAUAUCUCCAGAGCAUCCUGUGGUGUUUCUAAUGUUAAGGCAGGUUCAGUGUGAACGUUUGCUUCUGUCUGUGACUGAUAACUUUGUUAGUCCAGCUGUGAUGGAGCAGCUCAAUGCAGCUGUCAUGGCCAGCCAUACCUCUGUGUCUGCUUGGCAUUGGCUAGCAGAAAUGUACUGCUGCCAGGGUCUGCUGACGGAGGCCUCUGUGGCUUGCAAACAGAGUCUUCAACUGACCUCUCAGUUCGGUGACAACAGCGGGAAGAUCAGCAGUCUGCUCAGACUGGCCCUGGUUGCUCUAAGACCAUGUAUGGCUGGUGUAUGUUCGUCUGGGUGGAAGGAUCUGGUGUUGGAAGCUAUCACUGAAGUUUUAAAGAUGGGAAGCUCUCCAGUAGCUCUGCUUUUUCAAGCCUUACUCCAGUUUUCUGUCAAGAUAGGUGGCAGGGAAACCAGACGUCUGCUGGAGAGGAUUGUGUAUGCUUCACCCUCAGGGACUUCUGAUACUGUGGUAUCGGUGGCACGCUGGUACCUCCUGCGCCACCUUCACGCCAAAGAUGACACAGAGCUGAUAGACACCCUGUUGGUGGAAGGAAAAGAAGCAGGAGACACCAGACUCCUGGAAUUCCACAAACGCCUUUUCCCAUCUUGCUGAGACUAUACACUUUACCUAACAGCUUACCCUAAGGCAUUUUAUCUAAACUGAUAUGCAUUUCUGUGUUAAGAAUGAAUUCAUUGUCAAUGUGUUUGGAAUUUUGAAAUGGCAAAAAUGUAUAUCUCUACAGGACAUUGUGUGGCUUUGGCUCAUCAAUAUCACAUUAAUGGACAUUGCAUUGGAUAAAUUAGGAAUGGUUUGCCUACAAAAAUUAAGUAAUAUCUCUACUAAACAUAGUUUGUUUGGAAGAAUCUGUAAUUUGUUUUAUUUUGAUUUAAGUAAUGGUCCUUAAGGAUUUAAUUGAAUUGUUGAAGUUUGUCAUUUUUCAUGUCAUCACUUAUGUGUGUGUGCUUGCGUGCGUGUGUUAUGGGUGGCCAAACAGGAAAUAAUUAUAUAAAAUCAGAAUAUAUAGGUAUAAAUCCAGAAUAUAUAGAUGUAAGUUUGAGUAUAGAAAUGUAAAUCUGAAUAAAUAAUUAUGAAUCCUGAA